AUACUGGGUUCAGUUUUAUAUGCUGGAGGACAACCAAAGAUAGUCAUUGAUCUAAACGAGACUGUUUCUCCCAGGAUAGUCAACACCUAACACUUGAGUCGGGAACGGGAGGAAAACUUAGGAUGAAUGGCUUCCAGGACCAACAACAUAGCCUCAACAGUGAUCAAGUUGGCUGAUCCGGACAGUCGGCAGUAAUUUACCAGUACUACUUGUAAAGUAUAGUAUGGUACCAGCAGUUGGCAUUAGUGGUUAUCUGUAAUUUUCUGGAAGACUAAAACCUGUGAUGACACAGACUAAGGGACUCAUGGUAGUGUCUUUAAUUUUAUUGAAUGUUUAGACAAGAAAUUUUUGUAGAACAUGUUUAAAAUGAGUGAUAUUUUAUACUGUGUACAAAACCUGUUCUAAGAGUGUUGUGAACAAAUUCUACUCAAAAAAAAACAGAAACCAUGGCUUUCAAGUGUUCAGAGUGUGGCAAAGAGUUUUCUUUUGUAUAUGCACUUAAUGUUCAUAUGCGUGUCCAUACUGGGGAGAAACCCAUUAAGUGUGAUAAGUGUGAAGAGACAUUUAUGUGGAGAAGUGAACUUAAAAAACAUUCUGCAAAGCAUAUUGAAAAGAAGUCUCAUGAAUGCACAGUAUGUGGGGAGGAAUUUUCACACAGGAAACUUUUGCAAAUGCACAUAUGUACUGACACUGGAGAGAAACUUUAUCAAUGUAAGCAGUGUUAUAAAUCAUUUGUGAGUAGUUAUAACCUUAAGAGGCAUCUGUUUCUUCAUGGGAGGAAAUCAGAAUAUAAAUGUUCAGUAUGUGACAAAACUUUCAAAAGAAGUUGGUAUUUAAAAAAGCAUAUGAAUGUGCACACAAGGGAAAAGACUAAAACCUGCAUGAAAUGUAAUAAAUCAUUUUCCAAUAUUUAUACUCUUGAGGCACAUACAAGGAAUGUUAAUUGUACAUGGGAACCAAACCUUAAAAGUUGUUCACUGUGCAACAAAGAAUUUCGAAGUGAUUCAAACCUUGAAAUGCACAUGCGCACUCACACUGGAGAAAAACCUUUCAAGUGUUCAACAUGUAAAAAGGUUUUCAUGUGGUCAGAUGAACUUAAAAAACACAUGCGCACUCAUAGCAGUAGAAAAUCUGCUCAGAUAUGUGUUAUCUGUAAAAUGGAGUUCAAGUCAUCAGCAAGUCUUGCAGUACAUAUGUAUUCCCAUAAUAAAAAAGAUUGUGAGAUAACCAGUGACACUAAAGUUAUACUACAGCACACAGUAGAGAAUCCACAUGUGGGUCUUAAUGAACAAAGUAAAUCCUCAGCAAGUUUUGACUGUCAGGGUAACAAUACAGCAGACAUUGAGAAAAGUAGAAAGUUUCAUAUAGAAACAGUUUAUAUAAAAUCUGAGGAUAUGAACAGCUGUCAGGAAAAUUACAUAAAGAAAGAAAUACAAAUAGAUGAUGUUUUUGUCAAAGAAGAAAUGGAAGAUUAUGACAUUUAUUGAUUUGUUCUGUUGCGCUUUCUUUUUUAAUAUUGGUGUCUUGUUCCACUCAUUAUUGAAUGUCUUAAAUUAUAUCUCUGUGUAUGAAUGAAAUGAUCAUGAAGUUUUGGGGGAUUUCAGUAAUGCUUAACUCUUUUACAAAGACUGCCAGAUUUAUGUAAGAGGAACAAGGUGAACCUGCUGUAGGACUAACUGAGUUGUCCUGUGUACUGAUUAGACCACUGUGUGGUAUCCCCAUUAAAGACGAUACAGUACAGUGGUCCCUCGGUUAACGAAUGGCUCGAUUAACGAAUUACCUCCCAGAAGUAUCUUCAAUUCGGUUAACGAACAAAACUUCGAUUCACGAAAUCCUUACGAACA